AUGGCUUACGAGUUGGCGCGACGUGGCAUUCAUCCCUUCGGCCUUCGCGCUCCAGAUGAACCUGAGGUCCUCGACAACUUCGGCUUUAAGGACCAAUGGCUCGGCAUCCGGUGGAUUCAGAAGAACAUCCAGGCUUUCGGAGGAGAUUCUAAUAUGAUGUUGACCGGGUUAUCUGCACACAACACUUGCAUCACGUCUUCUGGAAGGCGUGCAGGCCCCAUUCCAUCGCGCAAUCUUGCCGUCGAACGCAAUCUGAACGACUCCGAAGACCAUCCGAGUUGCGCGCCCCGUACGCCAUCCGACGUCCCCGUUCUCCCUUGA